CACGAUGUUAGCAGUACUUGUCGACGAUUAAGAAUUAUUGUUAAACAAAAGAAAAUCUUGUUUUCCCCGAAAGGGAAAAAGAACAUAUGGCAUGCCGUUUUUGCGAGAGGGAGACGACAAAAAGUGUCCAACGGGAAAGUGCGACAUUGUGUUUGAAGAUUGAAGUUUGAGAUGCAAGAAUCAACACUAAACCAAAACCUAAAUUACAACAAACAUCAUACAAACAACAAAGUAGAUAGAGCUGCAUCUCUACUGAAAACAUGUUCAUCACUCUCUCAACUGAAACAAAUUCAUGCCCAAAUUUUCAGAUCACAUCUCCAUCAAAACAACUCUUUAGCUUCUACUCUUGUCUCUCUUUACACUUCAUUCUCUUUCUCUAACUAUACUCACCUUGUCUUCUCUUCUGUUACAACACCAACAUUAUCUCUCUAUAAUCACACCAUUAGAGCUUUCUCUAAAAACCCAUCUCUUUGCAUUAAAUCCCUCCAUCUCUAUUUCCAAAUGCUUCGCAGAGGAAUCAAACCCGAUAAUUACACAUACCCUUUUCUCCUCAACUCAUGUGCUACUCUAUCUGCACUUAAACAAGGAGUUGAGAUUCAUGGACGUAUUUUGAGAACUGGGUUUCUGAUUUAUACUCCGGUUUCGAAUGCAUUGAUAGAUAUGUAUGGAAAAUGUAAUUCGUUGGGUCAAUCGCGUUGGGUGUUCGAUGAAAUGCUUGAUAGAGAUGUUGUUUCUUAUAAUGCUCUUAUAGGGGCUCAUGCAAGGCUUGGGGAAGAUAUGAGCCAAGCGCAAAGAGUAUUCGAUCAUAUGCCGGUUAGAAAUGCAAUAUCUUGGAAUGGGAUGAUUGUUGGUUAUGUUAAUGCUGGUGAUUUGAGUUCAGCUCGUCGAAUAUUUGAUAAGAUGCCUGAAAGAAAUGUAGUUUCGUGGACAACAAUGUUAGUGGGAUAUGCAAAGAGCGGAUAUAUGGAUUCAGCCAGAUUUCUCUUUGAUUCAAUGCCUGAAAGAAAUAUAACUGCUUGGACUGCGAUGAUUAAUGGUUAUGCGCAGAAUGGGCGACCCAGUGAAGCAUUGGAACUUUUCCGCGGAAUGGAAAAAGCACGGAUAAAACCGGAGGCUGUAACUAUGACUGGUGUAAUCUCUGCCUCGGCGCAGUUGGGUGGGACUGAGUUGGCAAAUUGGAUCGGGUCUUACGUGGAUAGAGAAGGAAUUGAACGAAAUGAGAAAAUCCUCACUGCACUAAUCGACAUGCAUGCAAAAUGUGGUAAUAUGGAAGAAGCAUGCCGGUUGUUUCGCGGGAUACCUUUCCCGGAUGUAUUUUCUUACAGUGCGCUUAUCACAGGUCUUGCUUCUCAUGGGCAUGCUUUCAAAGCUCUAAAAAAAUUUCGGAAAAUGCAGGCGGAAGGUAUUGACCCGGACAAUAUAACGUUUGUGGGGGUUCUUACAGCUUGUAGCCAUACAGGACUCGUUGAAGAUGGUUUGAGGUUUUGGAAUGAAAUGGUUAAUGAUUACAAGAUUAAGCCUGAGGCAGGCCACUUUGCCUGCAUGGUCGAUAUGCUUGCACGUGCUGGGAGACUCGAUGAAGCUCACGAGAUGGUCAUGAGUAUGCCAGAGGGACCUCAUCCUGGAGCUUUGGGUGCUCUGUUGUCGGCGUGUAAAACGUAUGGAAAUGUCGAGAUUGCUGAAAGCACCGCGAAGAAGCUAAUAACGUUGGAGCCUGGAAAUACUGGGAACUAUUUGCUUCUUUCGAGUACCUAUGCUUCUAGAGGACAAUGGGAGGAAGCUGCAAAAGUGAGGAUUGCAAUGAAGGAGAAAAGGAUCGAUAAGCUUCCUGGAUGUAGUUGGAUUGAAGUCAAAAGUAGAAAUCAUUGUCAUGAAAUUCAGUCGAAACGAUCAACUAAUGAAGGAGGUCAGUAGCAUCCAUACUACUUGGUUCAUCGCCUCAAUGGAACAUCAUCGCGUGCACCUCCAUCCAUAUUGCUUGCUUCAUCAUUUCAACAAAUAACUGUGUCAGGUGCACUAGGAUCCAUGUGCCAUAUGAUGUAGUCCAUUGGAUGCGUUAAUGACUGACAAGAGCAAGAACUUGGUGGAUGCACUGCUGAACGACAAGAGCUAGAACUUAGUGGAUGCAUUUCGAAAACAUCUUAAAAAGGUGAAACCAGGCAGCUGAAUUACAUGGGGGAAAACAAAUUAUGAGGGUCUUUGAGGAUCUUUUAGCUUCCUAUUAAAUCAUUCUGGAAGGAUGUGGAUCGUUCUACAUUCCGAAGGAAACCCCCGAUCAGUUUCAAUAUUAUUAUUUAUUCUUUACUGGUACAUUGUAUGUAUGCUAAGACUGACAAAAUUGUAGGCUUUCAAUAGAAGCAGCUUUUUGGUUU